AAGAUCAAAUUAUAAUUUAGUGUCAAAUUUAAAGUCAUUUUUAUUUGAUAACUCUGAAUAUACUGAUGAGCGUCACAUGAUCCGCAGGCGAAAAGCUAGCCGGAAUUCAUUUACUUUAAAAAAAUAUAUAUAUAUUAAAUUAGAAGAAAGUAUAAAUAUUAGUGGUGCAAUUUUCUUCGCUCUCCGUCUGAACGCUUUAACUUCUAUCGAACACUUAGCGCAUACAUUACUUCCUCCAUUUUCGUGAUCCCAAGCUUUACAGCUGAGCUGAUUUUUGUAUGAUUCAUGGACGCACGAUUAUGAUAAGAGUUUGAGGUUGGAAUUGGAGAAGGAGCGAAAAUGGCCGAAAACCAGAGGUUUCAUCUGGGGACCGUUGGGGCAUUGACGUUGUCCGUGGUGUCGUCGGUGUCCAUUGUAAUUUGCAAUAAGGCGUUAAUUAGCACAUUAGGUUUUACAUUUGCUACGACGUUGACAAGCUGGCAUCUUCUAGUUACAUUUUGUUCUCUCCAUGUGGCAAGGUGGAUGAGAUUUUUUGAACACAAGCCUUUUGAUCCGAAAGCUGUUAUGGGCUUCGGAAUACUGAAUGGGUCCUCUAUUGGACUUCUUAAUUUAAGUCUGGGGUUUAAUUCUGUUGGUUUUUAUCAGAUGACAAAGUUAGCAAUCAUCCCCUGUACAGUUCUUUUGGAGACUCUUUUCUUCAGAAAAAGAUUCAGUAGGAAUAUCCAGCUUGCACUUACCGUUCUUCUCUUUGGGGUUGGAAUUGCAACAGUAACUGAUUUGCAACUCAAUUUGCUGGGUUCUGUUUUAUCUUUGUUCGCAAUUGUCACCACUUGUAUUGCGCAAAUUAUGACAAAUACCAUCCAGAAGAAGUUCAAGGUUUCUUCAACCCAGCUGUUGUAUCAGUCUUGUCCUUAUCAAUCAAUUAUUUUGUUUAUAGUAGGACCAUUUUUAGAUGGGCUUUUGACAAAUCAGAAUGUAUUUGCUUACAACUACACACCAAAUGUGCUGGCCUUUAUUGUCCUAUCCUGUCUUAUAUCCGUCUCCGUGAACUUCAGUACUUUUUUGGUAAUUGGCAAGACUUCUCCAGUCACCUAUCAGGUCCUUGGGCAUCUAAAAACAUGUCUUGUUUUGGCCUUUGGGUAUGUUCUUCUUCGUGAUCCCUUCAGCUGGCGAAACAUUCUGGGUAUCUUCAUUGCUAUGCUAGGGAUGAUACUCUAUUCGUAUUGUUGCACCAUUGAGAGCCAGCAGAAGUCUAUAGAGGCUGCAUCCCUUCUGUCUCAGGUAAACGACAGUGAAACUGAUCCUCUAAUAAAUGUUGAAAAAGGCUCUGGCAACUUACCGGAUAAUGUUGUUGCUCAGGCCCCUGGCUGGAAUUCUAGCAAGGAUCAGCACGUAUAAAAUUUUCUUACAGUUGGCUAUUUGGCUAGCGGUUGAUCAGAGUAUAGACAUUUUCAGCAAUGAAGACAUCGCUGCAAAGUUUUUGAUACGUCACAGAAUGUUUUACAACUUAGAACAUUUGAAAAGAAUAUAGCUUUCAAUUUUGUAUUGAAGUUGGUAGAUUUGAAGGACAAGAAUGGCUGUCGUAACGUAGCGUUUCGGUGUUUUGUACGAGUUAGACACAUGCAUACACUAUACUUUUUUCCCCUAGUUAAGUAUUAUGUACACCACCAACUCUCAGAUUAUUUCUCUCUUACAUGCAUAUACUUGCUAUAUACUACCUUUUUUCGAGGUAA